AGAACAAACAAAACUCGCCCUGAAGCAUAUUUUCUACUUCAAUGGAUUCCAAGAAGUCUAACAAGAUCAGAGAGAUUGUUAGGCUCCAACAAAUCCUCAAGAAGUGGAAAAAGCUAGCAAAUGCCCCUAAGAACAACACUACCGCCAUUACCAAUUCAUCAUCAACCAUCACAGCCAGCACUACUACUCCAAGCAGCAAUGGCAGCAGAGGCAUCAAGUUCCUCAAGAGAACACUGUCCUUCACAGAUGUCUCAGCGGCUAAUCAGAGCGACGUCGUCCCAAAAGGGUUUCUCGCCAUUUGUGUCGGGAAGGAACUCAAGAGGUUUAUCAUCCCAACAGAGUAUUUGGGCCACCAAGCAUUUCGGAUUCUGCUCCGGGAAGCCGAGGAGGAGUUCGGAUUCCAGCAAGCGGGUGUGCUCAAGAUUCCAUGUGAGGUGUCAGUGUUUGAGAAGAUCUUGAAGGUCGUUGAAGAGAAAAGGGAAGUCUUCUUCUUGCAUGAGUUUGGAUUCAAUGCAGAGAAUGACAUGAUUGGUUCUUGCUUAUCUCCAUCAGAUUGUGAGCUUACACCUUCUCAUCAUCCCCAAAUGUGUAGGUGAUGGAUCAUGUAUACAUACACUUGAUUUUGAUAUGUUGGAUCUUCACCAUCUUUUUCUUCUUUCUUUAGCUUUAUUUUGUGAAGGAUAAUGUAAUGGAAAGAGACCAGAGUGUGAUUAGAGGAGGACCUAGAGUUGAAUUAAUA